CUGAUGACAUUAAACCGCACAGCAUUGUCGUAUUACUUAUUUACUAGUGUACCUAAGACCGAAUAAAUUGUCACAACUAUCGAUAAUUCAUUUAUUUACAAUACAACAAUUUCCAGCAAAAUGGAAAUGUCAAACUUGUUGAUGUUUAUUUCUGGCUUUAUCGUAAUUGGGAAUUUUCAAGAGAUACCUCCGCCCGACCUUGAGUCACUGUGCGAGUCCAAGACGCAAAGUUGUGCAGAAUGCCUUCAAACCCCAGAGUGCAUGUGGUGCAAGGACCCAAAUGUCAACAUAAAGAAACGAUGUGUUCCAAUAAAGUCGGAAAGUGGCAGCUCGUGUCAGGAAUUUGAAAAUCAAACUUCUGUCCUAGAAAUGAACGAAGAUGCCCAGGAAUCUGCAGUUCGGCCAUUCCACGUUCACGUCAAACUGCGCCCAGGGUCACGUCACAAGAUUAACGUAACGAUGGCAUACACGGACGAAGAGAACCGACCGUUGGACCUUUACAUUCUCAUGGACUUGUCCUGCACCAUGUCCACUCACAAGGACAGAGUAGCAAAAUUGGCUAAAAAUUUAGCCGAAAAUCUGCGACUUUUAACCAGCGGAUUGAGAAUGGGAUUUGGCUCAUUCAUCGACAAGCCCGUGCUGCCCUAUGCACAGGAAAAGGAGACCAAGAUCACCUGCAACGGGAAAGAGUUUCCUUUCAAAAAGCCACAUCUUUUCAAAAAUGAGCUUUCACUAACCUCUGACAUUGACACUUUCACGAAAUCUGUUAACGACUCUGAGAUCUUGUUCAACAAUGACGUACCUGAGGGCGGCUUGGAUGCUUUGAUGCAGGUCCUUGUGUGCAAAGAUGAGCUGGGAUGGCGAUAUGAGAACAAUACUCGACGUUUGAUUGUCCUCUCGACUGACGGUCCAUUUCACAUCGCCGGAGACGGUCGGCUCGGAGGGAUCCUUCUUCCCAAUGAAGGACGCUGCCAUUUAAACGCGAAAGGGGAAUAUGACAAAGCCACCGUGUUGGACUACCCAACCGUGUCUCAGAUUAGGGACAAAAUCCAUGAGCACAACAUUUAUGUCAUUUUUGCAGUAACGAACCAACAUAAAAGGUUGUACAGAAGAUUAGCGGAGAAAAUUGGAUUGGAUUUGUCAUCUGUAAGUGUGAUUACCGAGGACGAUUCAUCCAGCCUUACAAAAGUGAUUGAAGAGGAAUACAAAAAAGUGGCUCGGACGGUAAAUUUUCAACCCGUCAUUCGCAACCCAUUCGUGGAUGUCACCCUGUAUGCCAAAUGCCCUGGAAGCUCAGAAUACCGAAAGGGCAAUGGGUGUAACAAUCUUACUCCCAAGGCUCGGGUGGAGUAUCGAGUUGAGCUGGGUCUGAAGCGAUGUCCCCCAGAUGCAACGCUCUGGAGAUCAGAGGUAGCAAUCCGUCCUUCGACGUUCAGCUCCGGAAAUGACAACUUCCUCAACGUUACCAUUGACAUGGUUUGCGACUGUGGCUGUGAAAAAAGCACUCAGACUUCACUGCCGCCGUCCAUACAGCGCAUUCCCCAGUGCAACAACAAAGGGUUUCAACAGUGCGGAAUUUGUAAGUGCGACGAAGGUGUUGGUGGCCCAUUCUGCAACUGCACGGUCUCCGAUGCUGGAGUCAAGUCAGUGGACCAAGAAAUGUGUCUGUACGGUGGCGAACUCUGCUCAAAUCGCGGAAGCUGUGUUUGUGGCAAGUGCGAUUGCAAAAAGGGAUAUGUUGGGACUCAUUGUGAAUGUUUGGAAAAGGAUUGUCCAGCCCCAGCCCCGGACGACAAAGGGCAUUGUAACGCCAAUGCGAUGCAAGGGAGCUGUGAAUGCAACCCGUGGAGGUGUAAAUGUAAUCCAGGUUUCACUGGAGAACGCUGCCAGUGUCCCACGUCCGAUGAGAUGUGCAGAUACUCGUCCAAAGUGUGUAGUAAUUUUGGACACUGUAAAUGCGGAAAAUGUAUUUGCAACGCUGGAUAUCACGGUAACUUCUGUGAAUUGAAGGUGGAUAAUAACAACGCUUAUAGCAGCGAGUGUACACUCUCUUUGCAAAGGAUGGUGGAACCUUGCAUCAAGUGCCUGGCUUUCGAUUAUGCGUCUACUUUUCCAGUCUCAACGCGACUAAGCUCAUGCAAAGGACAAUGCGGCUCAGAAAGUGUGGGCAUGAUUAAACCCACGCUUCACGAGAAAAUCGAUCAACGCAGAUUGAUGGAAUGCGAGGGAAAAGUAAUUGACGAGAAGGAAUGCGAAGUGCAGUACGUUGUCAGUGGACGAAACGUGGAGACGAAUAAAACUCAUGUCCGGGCUGAACAAAGUCCGAGCUGUCUGCCCGACGCCCCCAUCGUCCCCAUUGUCCUCAGCGUCGUGGGACUGAUGCUGCUCAUUGGAAUCGCGACUCUGCUGACGUGGAAAGUCCUCACCCAUCUCCACGAUAAGAAAGAGUUCACGCGCUUCGAAAAUGAGAGGGCCAAUGCUAUUUGGCCCACGAAUCAAAAUCCGAUUUACAAGGGAAUUGUAUCCGAGUUUCAGAAUCCAUCUUAUUCUCCAGAGGACGAAGGAUGAAAAUGCCAAACCAAACAAUCUCAUUAACAAUUUCGUCAAUCCAAUUUAAACUGUUGUCAAUUAUUAUAAAAUUUCAUAACGUACGUAUGCAUACUUUUAACUUGCGUAACAGUACCAUCAAAAUUGGAAAAAUAACCAUGUGGGACUAUGCAUACAUACAAAUUCAUAGAGGAAAGAGAUCUAUACUUUUACUUUCUUGUCGUGAUUUUUCAUUUCAUAACGUCGUCAUGUUAAAUAUUGGAUGAAAAUUUGAGUCUUUACCAAUGUUUUGGUGAAAGUAGAAAGUGGAAAGACGUGAAAAAGGAUGAAAAUGAAAGUAUCGAAAAUAAGUUAGAAACAAUUGUAAAAAAUAAUAAUUCGCGUAAAUAAAUUAUGGAUAAAAGAACCGUUUUCUUACUAUUA